AUGUCUCCACUUAUAAGAAGCAUUGUUGAUAUCACUGAAGUUUUCAAUCAAUAUGCAUCUCAAAGUUGUGAUGGAGCAUCACUUAGCAAGAAAGACCUGAAAAACCUUCUUGAGAGAGAACUUGGAGAUGUCCUUCAGAGACCACAUGACCCUGAGACGGUAGACCUGACCCUAGAACUUCUGGAUCGCGACUGCAACGGGCGUGUUGAUUUCAACGAAUUCCUCCUGUUCCUUUUCAAGAUUGCUCAAGCUUGCUAUUAUGCUCUCGAUCAGGCCACAGAGCUAGGCGAGAAGAGUGCCCUGCCCAGGGAAAAGAGGAACCUGUCACAAGAUCGCAGGCAAGAAGACCAAAGGAGAUUCGAGCCCCGGGAGGAACAACUGGACGAAGAACCUGGGCGACGAAGCUGGCAGAAGAGACGUGAGCAGGAGGAGCGCGCUGAGGAGCAGAGGCUGGAGCAGCGCGACAGGCAGCACCGCGAUGAAGAGCAGCGACUGCAAAGGCGAGAACUACAAGAACUGGAGGAGCGCCUUGCAGAAAAAGAGCCACUAAGCUGGAGUAAGGGUCGUGACGCAGAAGAGUUUUCUGAGGUAGAGGAACAGCAAAGGCGAGAGAGACUCAAGGGCAAGGGCCAAACCGAAGAGAGAAGGCUGCAGAAGCGUCGGCAAGAAGAGCUACGCGACCCCCUGCUAAGGCGCGAGCAGGAGCUGAAUCGAAGGCAGGAGCUGAGGCGUGAACAAGAGCUAAGGCGCGGGCAGGACCUGAGGCAGGAGCUAAGGCGCGAGCAGGAGCUGAGUAGAGGGCAGGAACUGAGGCGUGAGCAGGAGCUGAGGCGCGAUCAAGAGUUAAGGCGCGAGCAGGAGCUGAGACAAGAACUGAGGCGCGAACAGGAGCUGAGGCAGGAACUGAGACGCGAACAGGAGCUGAGGCAAGAACUGAGGCGCGAACAGGAGCUGAGGCAGAAACUGAGGCGCGAGGAGGAGCUGAGGCGCGAGCAGGAGCUGGCUGAAGAGGACGAGCAGACGCAGAUCCGGGAACCUGACGAGAGCAUCACCAAGAGGUGGCAGUGGCAGCUCGAAAGCGAGGUAGAAGCCCGUCAGAACAAGGUCUACUCUAGGCCUCGCAGGCAGGAGCAGAGGCUUCACCAGGAGCAGGAGGAGCGUGAGCUCCGGGAGCAGGAGGAGCAGCGCCGAGAUCUCCAACUGCAGCGUCCCGCUGAGGAGGCGCGCCAGAGCAACCAGCUGGAGAGGCUGCUGCGGGCGGAGGAGCGCCGGGAGCAAGAGCAGCGGUUCCGCGAGAGGGAGGAGCAGCGCUUCCGGGAGGAGAAGGUGCAACGAGCAGAGCUCCAGGAUAGCCUCCUAGAAGAACAACAGAGGCGACGCCAGGCGGAACGCCGAGACUCAAACAGGAGCCGGCAACUGCGGGAAGAAAGCCAGAGGCGCCACACACUGUACGCCAAACCCAGCCAGAGGCAGCGUAGGGAGGAAGAGCUACGCGAGGAGCGACUGUUGCAAGAGCAGCAUCAGCAGCGGGAGAGGAAAUACCGCAGGGAGGAGGAUCUGCAGCAGGAGGAAGAGCGGCUGCAGCAAGAGGAAGAGCAACUGCAGCGAGACAGGAGGCGUCUGCAGCGGGAGAGGCAGUAUCAGGAAGAGGACCUGCAACAGGAGGAAGAGCGGCUGCAGCAGGAGGAAGAGCGGCUGCAAAGAGAAAGGAGGCGCCUGCAGCAGGAGAGGCAGUAUCAAGAGGAGGACCUGCAGCAGCUGCAGGAUGAAGAUCAGCGCAGGGAUCUGAAAUGGCAGUGGCAACCAAGGAAAGAAAAUGAAGUUCGUAGUAACAGGCUCUUCACCAAACGCAGAGAGAAUGAGGAAACGAUCCAGCAGCUGGAAGAUUCUCGGGAGCGAGAGAGACGUCAGGAUCGGCGGCCUCUGCAAGUCGAAGAGGAAGAGAAGAGAGAGCUGGAGCAGGAGAGGAGGCGCCGACAGCAGCGCGACCGUCAGAUCCUAGAGGAAGAGCAGUUUCAGCGAGAGCACCAACGGGAAGCCGAAAGACGGAGUGAGAAGCUCCAGGAGGAAGAACGGCUCCAGGGAGAAUUGAGAAGGCGGCAACUGGAGAGAGAUGGCAAGUUCCUUGAGGAGGAAAGGCAGCUGCGGAGGGAACGGGAAGAACAGAGGCGGCGUCAAGAACAAGAGAGAGAAUUCCAGGAGGAGGAGCAGCGCCUCCAAGAACGUGAGAAAGAACUUCGGCAGGAGCGCAACAGAAUAUGUGAAGAACAAGAGCGUCAACAGCAGCGUGAGGAAGAGCAGCUGAGGCGUCAGGAACAGGACCGAAGAUUCCGCCGGGAACAAGAUCGCCUCCAGCAGCGUGAGGAAGAGCAGCUGCGGGACAGACCUCUCCGCAGGGAGCAAGACCGCCUCCAGCAGCGUGAGGAAGAAGAGCUGCGGGACAGACCUCUCCGCAGGGAGCAAGACCGCCUCCAACAGCGUGAGGAAGAGGAGCUGAGGGACAGACCUCUCCGCAGGGAGCAAGACCGCCUCCAGCAGCGUGAGGAAGAGGAGUUGAGGGACAGACCUCUCCGCAGGGAGCAAGACCGCCUCCAGCAGCGUGAGGAAGAGCAGCUGCGGGACAGAAAGUUCCGCCGAGAGCAAGACCGCCUCCAGCAGCGUGAGGAAGAGGAGCUGAGGGACAGACCUCUCCGCAGGGAGCAAGACCGCCUCCAGCAGCGUGAGGAAGAGGAGCUGCGGGACAGACCUCUCCGCAGGGAGCAAGACCGCCUCCAGCAGCGUGAGGAAGAGGAGCUGCGGGACAGACCUCUCCGCAGGGAGCAAGACCGCCUCCAGCAGCGUGAGGAAGAGCAGCUGCCGGACAGAAAGUUCCGCCGAGAGCAAAACCGCCUCCAGCAGCGUGAGGAAGAGCAGCUGAGGGACAGACCUCUCCGCAGGGAGCAAGACCGCCUCCAGCAGCGUGAGGAAGAGCAGCUGCGGGACAGACCUCUCCGCAGGGAGCAAGACCGCCUCCAGCAGCGUGAGGAAGAGCAGCUGCGGGACAGAAAGUUCCGCCGGGAGCAAGAGCUCAGGCGCGACAGAAAAUUCCGUGAGGAAGAAGAGCGCCACCGAGAACUGGAAGAAGAGCAGUUACGUGGCCAAGAGCGGGGCCGUUUGAGUGUGGAGGAGCAGCUUCGCAGAGAGCGCGAGGAAGAGCAGCGGCGCCGGCAGGAAUGUGACAGAAAAUUACGCCGGGAACAAGAGCUCCGCCAGGAACUCGAGGAAGAGCAGAGGAGGCGCCAGGAACGUGACAGAAAAUCCCGAGAGGAACAAGAGUUCCGCCAGGAACUCGAGGAAGAACAGCUGAGGGACAGAAAGAUCCGCCGGGAACAAGAGCUCAGGCACGACAGAAAAUUCCACGAUGAAGAACGCCGCCAGGAGCUAGAAGAAAGGCAGCGGAGCCGCCAGGAACGUGACAGGGAGCUCCGUCUGGAACAAGAGCUCCGCCAGGAGCGCGAGGAAGAGGAGCGCCGCCAGCAGCGUGACAGAAAGUUCCGGGAAGAGGAGCUCCGCCAGGAACUGGAGGAAGAGCGGCUGCGGGACAGAAAGAUCCGCAGGGAACAAGAACUCAGGCGCGACAGGAAAUUCCGUGAGGAAGAAGAGCGCCGCCAGGAGGAGUUCGAGGAAAAGCAGCUGCGGCUCCAGGAACCCGACAGAAGAUUCCGCCGGGACCAAGAGCUCCGCCAGGAACUCGAGGAAGAGCAGAGGAGGCGCCAGGAACGUGACAGAAAAUCCCGCGAGGAACAAGAGCUCCGCCAGGAACUGGAGGAAGAGCGGCUGAGGGACAGGAAGUACCGCCGGGACCAAGAGCUCCGCCAGGAACUGGAGGAAGAGCAGCUGCGGGACAGAAAGAUUCGCCGGGACCAAGAGCUCCGCCAGGAACUGGAGGAAGAGCAGCUGCGGGACAGAAAGAUUCGCCGGGACCAAGAGCUCCGCCAGGAACUGGAGGAAGAGCAGCUGCGGGACAGAAAGUUCCGCCGGGAGCCAGAGCUCCGCCGCGAGCGCGAGGAAGAGCUGCACCGCCGCCAGGAGCUCCAGCAACAGUUAAGACAGGCGCGUGACAGGAGAGUCCUUGAGGAAGAAGAGCUUCGCCGGGAAAGCGAGGAGCUGCUGCACCGCGAGGUGGGUGGCAGGAAAUUCCGGGAAGAGGAGCGACUCCGCCAGGAAAGAAAGGAACAGCAGCGUCGUCUCCAGGAGCGCGACAACAGAAGAUUCCGCGAGGAAGUAGAGCUCAGGCAAGAAAGGGAUGAGCAGCAGCUGCGUUUCCAGGAACGGGAGCAGCAGCUUCGCCAAGAGCGUGACAGAAAAUUCCGCGAGGCAGAAGAGCUUCGCCAGGAAGAGCAGCGCCGCCGCCAGGAGCUUGACAGGAAAUUCCGGGAAGAGAAACAGCUGCGUGAGGAACGCGAGGAACCGCAAUUGCGCAGGGAGAAGCGAGAUGGUCAGUACCUGGCUGAGGAGGAGUUCGCCAGGGAUAAGAUUCGUCGCCAGGAACAAGAACUACGUCAAGAAGAGGAACAAAGACGUCGCCAAGAGAAGGAGAGAAAAUUCCAAGAAGAGCAGAUCCGUCGUAGGCAAGAGGAGCAGAGGCGCCGCCAAAUCCUGGAGCCUGGUACACGCCAGUUUGCCAAUGUCCCAGUGCGUUCCAGCCCUCUCUAUGAGUACAUCCAAGAGCAGAGGUCUCAAUACCGCCCUUAAAAGAUGCUGCCAACAUCCUGGCACCAGCCAAAGCUUCAAGCAAAAGAAAAUGAGAAACACUGGGGUAUCCAGCGAUAACUCAUGUGUUUCUGGUUGUGGGAAAACUCUCUGAUCUUUUCUUACAGAAUCUUAAACUAUACCCAUUUCAUUUCUUUUACUUCCUGUCUUUCAUUCUUCCUCAGGUAGUUCUUUUUUGCAAGAUGUCUUUGUUCUUUAGUGCAGAUAUGAUGUGCACUUUUAAAAAGAAGCCAUUUAAUUUUUUGAACGAAUUUUGUUUGAGGAGCACAUUGAUUUAUUGCCUUCAUAAAUAACAAGAAUAAUGUAGCAAUCUGAUAUUCAAAGUAAUUAAUUGGGUCACUAUUUUUAGUGGUGGAUCAUUUUGUUUAGAGCUUUCAUUUUAUGAGUUCAAAUUGACAUUUUCUUUGGCCUAAAUUUUAUUUGUCUUUACCUCCAGAUGGUUUUCUCAGGUUUUGUUGCAUAAUUGUGACAGAUUCCAUCAGCAGGCUUAAAUUUUACAGCCCUCAAAUAAUGCAGGGGGAAGAAUUCAUGCAAAAAUACCAUAUGAAAUCAGUUCAUAACUGGAACAAAUCUUGUUAAGAGAAAUGCUUGACAGAAAAUUAUAAUUUGGCAUUAUAUUUUUAUAUUUAGCACCACUUAAAAUUUCAUGAAGCGAAAGCAAGGUGUUUCUCAAACAACUCAAAUUUAAAACUGUAAUUGUAGCACUCUGUUCUAUUUCCUCAAGUUUUGUUGGGUUUGAAAUUUUUUCUACUUUUGUACAUUUUGGUUUAGAGAGAACCUACUCAAGAUGCUGUAAACAUUUGUCUUGUUUGGGUCCAAUAAGUGUUCACAGAAUGAUGGCAGAAGGAAAGGGGAAAUGUAUGAACAGAGGACAAAUUUCUAGAGGUCUCUUGACUAUACUUAUCAGCUUGCAGUCCUUUGAGGCCUUAUACUACC